AUGAGUGACCAGGAACGAGGAAGACGCCCUACAACUCCGCCCCGUGCAGAUUCUCCCCGUGCAACAUCCGCGGGAGAGUUACAACAAGAGUAUCGCGAGCUAAUCCUCAGGGAUGCCCAAGCCGCUGGGUUGGACGUUCAGCCAGCAGAUCUCGAACCUCCUGAUCUUCCUUCGUUCCUGGGACUGUCAGAGAUGGAUAGCCAACACCAUAAUGAGACACUUACCUCCACCCAAAAGGAAGAAGCGAUUCGCAAGCUUAUCGGCGUCGGCGGGACCGGGAAGAAUACCAUCGAGUCAACGACCACGGAAGUCACCGACAUCGCCAAGUCAAGUCCAAUUGCAUCUGGUUCCGUCGCGUCAGCAGCAUUAUCGUCAUCCACCGCCAAAUUUCUCCCGGUGCGAGGGCGUCAAGCUACCCUGUUCCGCCCAGGCUCGCCGGAACCAAGCGUUGGGAGUCCUUCGCUUUCGGCUCGGGCUCGAAUUCACUUCAUUGACGUUGCUGGACCUCCUCCGCCUGUAGUCCCUAACUACCCCGCGAUCAAGGACAUCGCAUCAUCUGGUGCAGGGGCAGGUGAGAGGGCAUCGUCUUUGCGACAAUAUGCAUCGACUCCACCUCCAAAGGCAUUUUCUCCGCCUGCAGAGGCCACUUCUUCGACUGCAAAUGCAUUGCCUCUGCGACGGAGGGCGUCGUCUUUGCGCUCAAGAUCGAGAGCUUCUUCCCGCUCUGUAAUUUCGACAAGGCGGCUGCCUAGUCCCAUGGCAAUGUGUCCCUCUCCUCUUGUUUCGGACUCCCUAAGCGCAGUGAUAGCGAUUUCGCAGAAGAAAACACAAGUGCGACUAGCGCUUGGUUUCAAGGAUGAUGAGACCUUCCAGGUGUGGUGCCGGCGCUGCGUUGACACGAGUUUUGAUGAGUUCGCCAGGCCUUAUAUGAGGGAUUGGCCAAAUUACUCUCACCAUCUGACUACGGAAGAAGUGAACGAGGCAACCGAGAUUGGUCGUUAUGCCUUGAUUGCGCUAAUCGAGAAUGACGAGGCUCGAUAUCUUGAAGGUGAUUUGAACCGGCUUCAGCUUGUUGCGCGCUUCGCUGUUGAUGUAAUCAAAGAUGACCAAAACGCGCAUGCUGAGAUCCCUGAGGAUACCGACUUUCUUUGUGAGCAUCCAUUGGGAAACACACAAAAGAUCCGCGCACUGGUCAGGUUGGCGGACUUCAUGCUCGACUGCCAGUUGCUCGAGGUGUCAACGAAGCGUGAGUACUUUGCGCGAUCGGCCAUGGAGAGUGAGCGCCGCAAACGUGAUGAGGCGGUUAUGGAAGACAACGACGAUGAGACAGUGAGUAGUACGGAGCGGCGCAUGGAGUCCGUCUUGAAAUAG